ACAAGUUGACUAACUUUUAAAAACACCAACUAGCUGGAUUCCUGAGCUUGUUAACUACUGGUAAAAGAAAACAUUUUGGAACUCUUGAGAUAUACGCUCAGUAUCCCCUCACCAAAUUGCAAAACGGUUCGUUUUAAAACUUUCCACAAUACUUAUUGCAAAAGCCCAUUUAUUUUGAAUCAUCGAGACACCCAUUUUGUUACUGCUUUUUACUGUCUAUAUAGCUAAAUUAAGGCCAAGUAUGGCCUCUAAGUACAGCGUUUUGACACUCCCUUCCCUUUUUGAAAUCUAGCUUCAUUCCGAGGUUACACCCAUGCAGUUGUCCAAAACCAAAUGCUUGGGAUUGAAAAACGAGAGGGAACAAGAAAAUUAAAUACACUUAAAUACGUUUCCUCUCCCUUUACCACUUUGCUGUGGGGAGGGGGGAAGCGGCUGGAGAUCUCGAGGUGGUCUUGGGGGAAUCCGCAACGAACAGAUUUAAACCCCAAGGAAAGCUCUUGGCCAAGUAGGACAACAAGGAAAAGGAACGAGGAUGGAUCCCACCCUCUUUGGCCACCGCCCGCCAGGAAGCUGCAACAGUUGGACUUUAGAAUCAGAACCAUCUGCAAAGCAAUCGGGAGCAGCAAAGCGGCUUCGAGCAGCUGCAACCGCCCGGAAAGCCAAGACACUCCCGCCACUAUGGGCACCGGCAGCAGCAGCAGCAGGGCAGGCAAGGCGCGCACCUUCAGCCCGCCGCGGGACUGGCGGGGUGCCGGACCGGGCAACGCCAGUCACAGCACCCCCUCUCGGCAGGGCCUGGCGGACGACGGGGAAGAGGCUUGCGCCAGGGCUGCGGGCCAAGCCUUCCCGUGCGCCCCCUCGCUGCAGCUUCAGCAGCCGGACUCGGACUCGGAGCUCCUGGACCAGGUGCUGGAGGAGUGCGAGGAGGACGGCCCCCAACUCCUGCCCACGGUCGCGCCCCGCCGGCCUCUGCGCCACGGCUCCGGAGACUGCUGCUCCCGCCCUCCAGAAGUUGGCGACGAAGAAAUCGGGGGGCAGCGGGAAGCGUCGGAAGGCUUCUUAACAAGAUCUACAUCGGGAAGCAAUAACUUUGCCAAUCAGUUGCCUCUCAAGAAGGCAGAGAGACAGGCCAAGAUAUCCUAUGACUGCUCUGAAGAGGAGCUGAUGGCAACAAUAGAGCAAGAGUACUGUCGCUGAAGCCACUCACAGCUAUGCCAAUAUGACCAUAAACAAAUUUACCUGGGGGCCAGGUUAUAAAACUACAGUAUUUCUGAGAAAAAGUCUACUAGCAUGGCAUGCAAAAAGACAUCUCAGAACCCUGGCCAGAGAGAGAUACAACUACUUAUCCGAACGCUUCCUAUGGAGCCAAUUGGGAACUUACUCUGUUCUUUAUGGAAAAGGGGAAAAUAUCAGUUAUACACAAAUGUUCGCCUUCCCCUAAAGCUUGAGGUGUGAAGUACUGAAAGAGCAAUCAUUUGUCCAAGUUUUAAUGAAACUACAGUAAAUAUCAAUAACUUUGGAUGGUCUUACUGCAUAUGGUCUUACUGCAGAAAAUAAUAAUGAUAACAAUUCCAAUAAAUCAGUAAGACAUUAAUUACUCCUGCACCCAAAGUAUUGGCUCACGUGGCCCAUCUUUAUAAUACUGGUAAUGCGACAGUGCCUAAAUGGAAGUAUCCUUGAGACAAUCUCAGGAUGGCAAAAAUCAUUUUACCCGAGAUAACUCCUGUGUGAUCACUUUAGAUUAGUAGCCAACCAACUCCACUGGUCACUUGUAGGCUGAAAUACCUCUUACAGAUAAUAUGUAACAAAAAUGUUCCUUCUAAAUCACAUUCCUGUCAGACGUCUGCAUUCAAAAUGGAAGCAUGACGUUAACAAAAAGAUUGUAUUCCUAAAGACGUUAGUGGUGAAAUGAGCUUUAUGUAUCUUAGCAGAUGCAAAGAGCGUUAGAGGGGUUCUAGUUCUUUCGUCACUUGACUUAGUUAUCGCUGUGUGAACCUCAUCUCUGUUUGCCUCUUGGUAACCAUCUCUGACCACAGACUCAGUGAGUUGGAAGGUCCCUUUAAGAUACCUAACUCAGUUCUCUGCUCCGUAGAAAACAACAAGAGCAAAUGGCUAUCUAAUCUCUGCUUGAUUGGAAGGAGAAUCUCACCACUUCUCUGUCCAAAGGUGCAAUGCCAACUUGAUUUAUGUACUUGCACCAUUUAAGGAGUUGCUGACACGCUAUGUGCAUGCUCACACAUGCUCCAAAGCACCUUUGUUUCCUUGGAAUCAAACUCAAAUCCUUCUCUUUCCCGUUUUUAGGUUUUUAAUUCUAUUUUUAACAUUAGUCUCUUGAUUACUUUUUGUUUCUGCAUCUGUCUUAUGAAGGUAAUGGGCACAUCUACCCUUUCUAAGGAGAGGACAUCUAUCAACUGGCAGGUUCAUGCUGGCAGGAUUCUGAAACAUUUCAGCAAGAUUAGAAUAUAAAUGUUGGAAAUAUUAGCAUAUACUUUAAACAGUUCCUGCUCAUGUAUUGCUGAUGGACUGAGUUAAUACCCAGAUAAUAUAAGAAAGACUUUAACUUUGGAGAGUAUUUACACUGUUUCAGGUUUGAAAAAUGUAUUAUGCAGCUUUCAUGUUCAAAUAUAAGAAAUAUAUCUUAUUAAUACAAUAGUGUUAUUAUACAAUUAUUUAUAUAAUUAUAUCUGUCCAGGGAGUUCAAUCUGUUAGGGUUGGUGUGCUGUAGGUUCCAUUGAUUAAACAAUAUCAUCUUUCAGGACAUUGGAAGUGACCUCUUCUCUGUACAAUGCCUGCCCUUUGGAAGAAGUCCCCCCCCCCCGAGAUUUGAACAGCUUCCACUUUACUGGUAUUUCAAGGGGCUUUCAAGACCAGGCUGUUUGCUCGGGCAUUUGGCAAGGAUGAUUGACAUCCUUUCUCUUCCUUCCCUUGUUUCACAAUGGAUUUGUUUUCUUUGCCAUCUUGUUUUUUUGGUUUAGUUUGGUGCUUCUUGUACUGUAAUUUGCUUUUUAAACAUUUUUAACAAUUUGUAAACCACCCAGAGUUGAUGGGAGACAGGUGGCAUAUACAUUUAAUAAAUCAUCACAAUCAUCAUGAUCAUCAUUAUAUAGUUCUUAGUUGCCAAGUGUUCACAGAUUUGCUUUAGUUAUACAGGGAAUUACUUGAAACUUAUACAAAUGUAGAUAAAAAAUAGGAAGCACAAUGUGGUAUUUUUUUUUUUUUUUUGGUAUUUGAUGCAAAAAUCAGCUUGCUCCAAAAUUUAACCACAUUUACUAAAUUAUCCAUAUCCACACAUGACAUCAAGCCAUAAUGUGACUUACGUGAUUUUGGCUUCACAUUAUUUCUUGAUUUGACUUAUCUCUCUUUUUUAUUUUGUAAGUGCAUAUAAUGCUCUUGUCACUUACUUCCACACAAGAACCCUGUGUGACAUCAGAUUGAGAGAGACUGACUGCCCAAAGCCACCCAGCCACCUUACAUGCCUAAGGAUGUAUAAACCUUUCUACUUAUAGUUUAUUAAUCAAACCAUAAUUGUUUUUAAAAAAUGGCUCAGAGUGAGAUGUGGACUCAUUCUUUCAAUCCUGCACUAACCAUUUAUUAAAUUUUAGAACCAUCUCAAUCCAUAACAAAUGUAGAACUAAUAGCAUAGUGGUAAACUACAGGUAUGGUCUUCUUUAAAUUAUGCCAAACUCUUGAUGAUUUGGCUGACUUGACUGUGAAGCUUUCUGGACAAGAAUGCAGGGUUGGUUUGCCAUUGGUUUCUUCCAGACUUUUUGUUUUACUUCCAGUGUUGCCCAAAACCCUAGGAUUUCCUGGUGGUCUGCAAUCCAUAUAUUAGUUCUAAUCCUGCUUACCUUUUGAAGAUCAGCCAUAGCUGUCUAAGUGCUGCUUCUCUUUAUCUUCUUGGAUUCACAUUGAUACACUUUUUUGUUAAUCAUAAGAUUGGAAUUAAAAGCUAGUUAAGUUAGCCAAUAGACAAAAUACCUCAGAAAUCUAGUCCAAUAGUAAUACCCAAACAUACACUUCUCCUUAGGUUAUAGGGAUUAUCAAGCAAUAGGCUGGGCAAAUAAAGGACAUAGUAUGAAAGUUUUCUCAACUGCAAAAAACUGAGGAAGAAGCCAAAUUACCUUUCAGCAGUUUUGUGAUGCCUAUGUCAAACAGACUUCAACCAUUUUGUACCUUUGGAGGGAUGGUGUUCAGGAGAGAAGGCUAGUUUUUCAGCAAUAAAAACUGACUACGUGAA